GAACUAGUGCGCGCAGCCUGCCCGAGGAGCUGGAGCGGCACCACAUUAAUAGAGGCAGAGCUCAGGUAGCGGUGCAGAAGCGCAGUGUGUCCGCAGCUCAAGAAAUGGAGAGCAACAGUAGCAUCAUCACAUCUGCAUACUUGGCAGUAGAUUAUAUGGAUUCUUUACUGCCUCAGAACCCAUUGCAAGAACCAUUCAAAAAUGCUUGGAACUAUAUGUUGGAUAACUUUACCAAAUUUCAGAUUGCUACGUGGGGCUCGCUAAUUGUACACGAAUUUGUAUACUUUUUAUUUUGUUUACCUGGAUUUGUGUUUCAGUUUAUUCCAGCAAUGCAGAAAUAUAAAAUUCAACCGGACAAACCAGAGACUUUAGAAAAACAGUGGAAAUGCUUCAAAGUGCUUCUGUUUAACCACUUCUGCAUUCAGUUGCCUAUGAUCUGCGGCACAUUUUACUUCACGGAGUUUUUUAACAUUCCGUAUGAUUGGGACUCUAUGCCUAGAUGGACCAUUAUUGCUGCUCAGUGUUUUGGGUGUUCUGUUAUUGAAGACAUGUGGCACUACUUCCUUCACCGUUUGUUACAUCACAAAAAAAUCUACAAGUACAUUCACAAAAUCCAUCAUGAUUUUACGUCACCAUUUGGGAUGCAGGCUGAAUAUGCCCACCCAGCUGAAACAGUUAUUCUCGGUGCUGGCUUCUUCAUUGGGAUUAUGAUCUUUUGUAAUCAUAUGAUCCUGCUGUGGGCAUGGGUAACUGUGCGGCUUUUGGAGACCAUUGAUGUACACAGUGGCUACGAUAUCCCAUUGAAUCCUUUGCACUUGGUUCCAUUCUAUGCCGGAGCACGUUAUCAUGAUUUCCACCAUAUGAAUUUCAUCGGAAACUAUUCUUCAACCUUCACCUGGUGGGACAAACUGUUUGGAACAGAUUCCCAGUACUUAGCACAUUAUGAGAAAGUCAAUGCAAGUCUUGAAAAGAAAAACAAAUAAGUUACAUAAUUUUUUAAAAGCUAAAUCCAAGCAACUUUCCAGAAAAAUCACUGCAGUGGCUAUUAACAUAUCAAAAUAGCAAAAAAAAACCCAGAACAUUAACUAAGGUUCAUCUGACACCUGUUUUGAAACCACAUUUACCCUUGCUUCAAGCCUACGUACAUCAAGUUAUUAAUCUAGUCUGUUGAGGACUGAAAUGUUCACGUUAUUGCCGUGAGCAAAAAAUAAAACAACAGAUGGUGUAAUGGUUGGUUCAGGUUUGAUUCGCCUUCUCAUUUCUAGUGUUCAUGUUACUCAAUUUUUAAUGUAAUUAGAAGACAUUUGUAAUAAUUAUGGGAAGUAUUUUCUGUUGAUGCAGUAAGUGUGCCUUAAAUGUCAUAAAGCCAGGAGUUGGCGAUAGACAUUUAAUAUGUCUUUGCUGCCAUUUUGGUACCCGAGUGAUGCUCAAGUCCAGCACUGAGUUUAAUUGAUUAUAAUGUAGAUAAUUUGAAAUAAGCACCUGUGCAGGCAUUUCUUAAAAAAUGAAAAAGAAAGAAGACUGGCUCUAAAAGUAAAGAAAAUGUAGAAAAAACAAUGGAAUAGUAAAGGAGCAUUAAAAGGUUACACACACAUGGCAGAGUAUGAGGCUAAUAUGAGCAAAGGAAAAUACGUGACUGGCAGAAAUAAGGGGAAGGUGCAACAGCAAGUCAGUAAAAAGUAAGGAUUGAAAUUAGAGGGUGCGCAAUAGCAAGUCAGUAAAAGCUAAGGACAGAAAUUAGAGGAAGGGGCAAUAGCAAGUCAGUAAAAGCUAAGGACAGAAAUUAGAGAAAGGGGCAAUAGCAAAUCAGGAAAAGCCAAGGACAAACAUUAUGGGAAGGGGCAAUAGCAAAUCAGGAAAAUCUAAGGACUGAAAUUAGGGGAAGGGGCAAUAGCAAGUCAGGAAAAGCUAACAGAAAUUAGGGGAAGGGGCAAUAGCAAGUCAGGAAAUGGAAAAUACAUUUCCGUACUCCCUUUUUAGGCUGCAGUAGAAGCACUGACCAUUGGGAACACUAGUCUUAAAGCACUUUAGAAUCCUUCUUAGUUAUGGCGUCUGCCAUAUGUAGGAAUGGCUGUGUUUAACUUGGAUUUCUGCCAGCACUGAUGUUGCCCAGUUAGAAUGUACUAAUAACCAGACACAUAAGCAUUCUAGGCUUAUACUUUUUCCAUUCAUUGACUGUCAGCAUACAUCACUCAGCAACAGUAGAGCAACAAAUGCCAGGUCUACUGUUUAACUAAAUGUUAAAUUCCUGUUAACAUAACCAUACAAAUUAGGAAUGCUACACAUCAAAUAUUGGUCACAAAUACACUUUUACAGAAAUUACAAAUAGUUCAUAUACACUACACCACACUUACAUUGAAAGAAAAUCAUACACAUAUGCACUUGUAGUACAUAAGCACACACACAUGCGCACACACACACAAACACACACACACACACACACACACACACACACACACCAUUCCAAGUGAGAUAGAUGUGAUCAAGUGAAUGAAACAAGACAUUAAAUAGCAAAGUUGUUUAUUUCUUUAGUGAAUCUGUGGGAGAAAAAGCUCUUAAAUUACCAAUUAAAGUAAUUCUCUGCAUUCUUGUAUAUAUUCAGCAGAAAUGUAGAAUCAUGUAUAGUUUUUCUUAUUCCUGCAGAUAUCUGACUUAAAAAUUGUCGCAUAUGUUAACUGCAACACCUUCAUUAAGGCAAGAAUGCACAACAGAACACUAGUUUCUUAGUUUUCAAAUCACAAUCUAUAAAUGGAGUAAAGUGUUGACACAAAAGGAGACAGGUUUAAAAAUGCAUUAAAGUGAAUCUUAAUAUUUCAUGAAAAGUACAUUUAAGGUACAAGUCUGACAUCUUAAUCAUUAAAAUGCACUGAGUAAAUAUUCCUGAUAAUCUGUGUUUAGAGGGCUGUCCUUUCCUAUACCCCUGCACAUGAGAAUUGAUUUAUAUAUAUCUUCCUGCCAGGUGGAAGGGGAACAUGCAUGAGAGCGUAACAGUUUGAUAGUUUCUGUGUGAAUCAAAAUUAAUUUUGUUGAAAUAGUAACAUAAUUCUAUAGUAUGACUGGUGUUCCUUCCAGUGCUGUAAAUAAAUGUUUCAUAUUUUUGUACAUUGUAGUUAGUAAAUUAUAUACUGCUGUUUGGCAAUUUGUACAAGAAAAAAAAAUUAAGCAGGCCUCAGAAAUGAAAAGAAAAUGCACUCUAAAGAAGCAGUAUUUAUAAUGGACGAAACUUCAUUGCUUGAUUUAAAGGGCCUCCUCGAGUUUUGUGGAUACAGCCUCUAAGCAUAUUUCCUCAUUUCAAGUUUGGAAAACAAAGAGCUGUUAAACAUGGUGUUCAUCUCAUCACACUAUCUUUUCUAAACAAUGCCUUGUCUGCUUCUGUUUGCUGCUGUAUCAUUUCUUUCUGAGUGCUGUCUGCAUACAGUGGCACUUAUUGAAGAUUAAAUAUUUGUUCACAAGAA